CGCAAGAGGACGACUCUGGGAAGAAUCCGCUGUCCGCUGUGUGCGCGCAACCGGAGUCAUGUCGAGUUUGACGGUGAGAGACCCGGCAAUGGAUCGAUCACUGCGUUCCGUGUUCGUGGGGAACAUUCCGUAUGAGGCAACUGAGGAGCAGUUGAAGGACAUUUUCUCCGAGGUUGGUUCCGUUGUGAGUUUCCGGCUGGUAUACGAUAGAGAGACGGGAAAACCUAAGGGUUAUGGCUUCUGCGAGUACCAAGACCAGGAGACCGCGCUUAGUGCCAUGCGGAACCUUAACGGGCGGGAGUUCAGCGGGAGAGCGCUUCGGGUGGACAAUGCUGCCAGUGAAAAGAACAAGGAGGAGUUAAAGAGCCUAGGGCCUGCAGCGCCCAUCAUUGACUCACCCUAUGGGGACCCCAUCGAUCCAGAAGAUGCCCCUGAGUCCAUUACCAGAGCAGUCGCUAGUCUUCCCCCGGAGCAGAUGUUUGAGCUGAUGAAGCAGAUGAAGCUCUGUGUCCAAAACAGUCACCAGGAAGCUCGAAAUAUGUUACUUCAGAACCCACAGCUGGCUUAUGCGCUGUUGCAGGCUCAAGUAGUGAUGAGAAUCAUGGAUCCAGAGAUUGCUCUGAAAAUUCUGCAUCGCAAAAUACAUGUCACACCACUCAUCCCAGGCAAAUCUCAAUCCGUUUCUGGCCCUGGCCCCGGCCUUUGCCCAGGACCUAAUGUUCUGCUGACCCAGCAGAAUCCUCCAGCCCCUCAGCCUCAGCAUUUGGCCAGAAGACCUGUGAAAGACAUCCCUCCUCUGAUGCAGACCCCUAUCCAGGGUGGAAUUCCAGCUCCGGGCCCAAUUCCAGCUGCAGUUGCUGGCCCUGGCCCCUUAACUCCUGGUGGAGCAAUGCAGCCCCAAGUUGGAAUGCCAGGGGUUGGUCCUGUGCCCUUAGAGCGGGGACAGGUGCAGAUAUCAGAUCCUAGAGCUCCUAUGUCUCGUGGACCCAUGACUGCUGGUGGCUUACCUCCUCGAGGACUGUUAGGGGAUGCUCCAAAUGACCCACGUGGAGGAACUUUGCUUUCAGUCACUGGAGAUGUAGAGCCCAGAGGCUAUCUUGGCCCACCACAUCAGGGUCCUCCAAUGCACCAUGCGUCUGGUCAUGACAGCCGGGGCCCUUCCUCACAUGACAUGAGGGGAGGGCCAUUAGCAGAUCCCAGACUGCUCAUUGGAGAACCCAGAGGACCCAUAAUAGAUCAAAGGGGUCUACCUAUGGAUGGUAGAGGUAGCAGAGAUUCUCGAGGGAUGGAGACUCGAGCCAUGGAAACUGAGGUCUUAGAGACACGAGUAAUGGAGAGAAGAGGAAUGGAAACCUGUGCAAUGGAAGCCAGAGGGAUGGAAGCGAGAGGCAUGGAUGCAAGAGGAAUGGAGAUGAGGGGCCCUGGCCCCAGUUCAAGAGGCCCUAUGGCUGGGGGAAUUCAGGGUGCUGGUCCUAUUAAUAUGGGGGCAGGUGGUCCUCAGGGACCCAGACAGGUCCCAAGCAUUUCAGGGGUGGGAAAUCCUGGAGCUGGCAUGCAGGGGGCAGGUAUGCAAGGAGCAGGCAUGCAGGGGGCAGGUAUGCAAGGAGCAGGCAUGCAGGGGGCAGGUAUGCAAGGAGCAGGCAUGCAGGGGGCAGGUAUGCAGGGAACAGGCAUGCAGGGGGCAGGUAUGCAAGGGGCAGGCAUGCAGGGGGCAGGUAUGCAGGGGGCGAGUAUACAAGGGACAGGCAUGCAGGGAGCAGGCAUGCAGGGAGCAAGCAUGCAAGGGGCAGGCAAGCAAGGUGGAGGCCAGCCUAGCAGUUUUAGUCCUGGGCAGAGUCAGGUAACCCCACAGGAUCAAGAAAAGGCAGCUUUGAUCAUGCAGGUUCUUCAACUGACUGCAGAUCAGAUUGCCAUGCUGCCUCCUGAGCAAAGGCAGAGUAUCCUGAUUUUAAAGGAACAAAUCCAGAAAUCUACUGGAGCUUCUUGAAAGGUUUUAGAAAAUACUUGGCAGUAGUCCCACAAAGGUUUUCUGUAGCACAGAGAAUGGGUGGGUGCAGUAAGCUGACUUCUUGAAUGAUUAGGAGUUCCCUCCUCUCAACCUAAUCUCAUUUCGUGUAGUCUUCUUAGUUUUUAUUUUUAAUUGUGGGGUAGGGGGAGGGGGGAAGUGGGUCUAUUCACUUUAAUUUACUGUAAAUAAUACAAAAAUAACUCUGAACAUGAUUAUAUUAUACCAAAUAAGAUUACAAAGGAUAUGCAGCAUUGUUAAAAGGGUCUACAAGGUGUUAAGUACAUUUUUAAAAUACUGAGCAAAACAAUGUGAAAACUGCACCUAAAGACUAAAAGAUGACCUGUUAAAAUGGUAAUGUACUAAGAUAGUUUAACAUGUUUGGUUGUAUAAGAAAAUAAAGACGUUUACCUCA